AUGAGAUGUGAUGGCUCGUCCAGAGGUUUCCGCGCGCGUGUGGGAGUACUGAUCAGUUGGGCGACCCGAUACGCGAAGGAUGAAGACGGCAUGGCAUGGGGCAUGGGAGGAGGCAUGGGCAUGCAAGUACCGGGCAUGGGCCAUGAGGCACGGCCAGCAAUCGCAAUCCCUGUGGCCGGCCAUCCGAAAGCCUCAAGACGUCAUCCCAUGUUGAAGCGAAGUGUCGGAGUGGCUGAGCACACAUGGUGGGUGCAUGUGUGGAUUGUGGAUUUAGGAAUCCUGGCGCAGUCGCAAGUAGCGUGCACAAGCCUCAGCCCUGGUGUGCUCGUGGUGGAGGUCAAGAUCAAGAUCAAAGAAGACAACAAGAUCGACACCAUAUCAUAUCAUAGGAUAGCCUGGCAGGGCAGGGCGAACUUGCCAAAGAAGCCAAGGAGCAAGCGGGAAGCAGACGGAAACCCAUGA